AUGUCACUACUACUAAUAAAGAACAAAUUUCUUCGCUCACCAGCGACUUCUCAGUCGCCACCUGCCAGCCAAGAUUACUCACCACCACCUUCGCCUAGCAGUAAUAGUUCAACCACACCUUUUUCUCUGCCAGCUCCUUUACCACAAAAACCUUCGAGGACUGGAAAUAAAAGCGUGCCAGCUUUCUUGAAUAAAUUGUACAAUAUGGUUAAUGAUCCUCAAUCAAAUGAAUUGAUAACGUGGUCAGAAGGAGGGACUUCUUUUCUCGUUAAACGACCGCAAGAUUUUGCUCGUGAAGUAUUACCAAGAUUUUUUAAACACAACAAUUUUAGUAGUUUUGUGAGACAAUUAAACAUGUAUGGAUUUCACAAGAUACCACAUUUGCAACAGGGAGUUCUUCAAUCAGAUGGACAAUCAGAACAAUGGGAAUUUAUUGAUCUCAAUCAAAUUAUGAACGAGAUCACGUCGAUCAAAAAACAUCAAAUGACAAUAAGUUCAGAUUUGAAGAAUAUUCAACGGGACAAUCAAGUUUUAUGGCAAGAAACAAUAUCGGCAAGGGAAAGACAUCGUCGACAACAGGAAACUAUUGAUAAGAUUUUAAGAUUUCUGGCUUCGGUGUUUUCUGCAGAGAAAAAACGUGCAAUUGUACCUAGAAAAAGGCGUUUACUGCUUGGAAAUGGUGAUGGGAAUUUUGGCACUUCUAAUUCUCAAGGUCUAACAACUACUACACCUGAACAGAGACCGAAUUGGACUCCGUUUGAUGCUGCUAAUCAGGCUGCUGUGCCGACUAAUGCCACUUCCAUACCGAAUGAAUUGGAUUUGUCAUCUUGGGGAUUGGCUGGUUUAGAUUUAAAUAAUCCAGCUUUAUCAAUAUUAGCAUCAUUGGCAGUUAAUGAUCCUUCACCGGGAGCAACAAAUUUACCACAAUUUGAUUUUUUUAAUAACUUGAAUGCUUUACCAAACGCUUCUACGUCAACAAGCGAAGACGCGAAUAAUCCUGCUGCUAGCUCUCCUAAUGCAUCACAAUCACAAAAUAAUGUCAAUGGUAUUUUGGAAUCGCAAAGUACCAAUAUGCGAGACAUCGAGAGUAGAAUUAAUGCACUUGAAUCAAAUCUCGAUUAUGUGACAUCACAGCUUGGAUUCGAUCCUGAAGAACCAUUAGAACAUGAAGAUCAAGACGGAGAUGCCUUUAUGACAUAUUACGGUACGAAUAUACUUAAUGCUGCGACUGAACAGCAUCGGCAAAUGUUAUUUAAUCUGAUGGGGAGUAAUGAUAAUAAUAAUUCCAAUAACAAUCCCGCUAUUGCACAUGCUGGGGACUCUUCUUCAACUGCAUCCCGAAGCACGAAAAUCACGAAUUCAGGAAAUUCUACACCCUCACCGACACCGCAAAUGGCGACAACAACGGCAAUAACACCAUACAUUCCUCCUCCUUUG